UUGUGAUACGUCGGAUAUGAUGCGCAGUCAUCAUAAUAGCUAUGUGGUAUAAUGCAGAUAUUAGUAAUACGGGAAUCUAAAGGCUCCAGAUCGGGAAGCCGAGGUCUGCAACAUCAAGGCUUGGAGGAUCCACAAUAGGGAGUGUUUCGACGCACCUUCAAAUGAUCACUGAUUCACGUUGCAGAUAAUCGAUAACAUCUUUCUUACAAGUUCACUCACCAUCUCACAGUAACAUGCAGACUGACACGAAUGACUCUGAGAUUCCAAAAGCCAUCAUACAUGUCAUUGACCCAGAGCGAGAAAACACUUUCCGUGCUCUAGCAGCUACAAGUGGAUACCUCAAAGAGCAGAGUAGGAACAAAAUUCGCUUGAAAUGUACCCAGUGCGAAACGGAAAUGGAGAAACCUCGUAAAUGCUCAAAGUGUAGGAGUGUUUUAUAUUGUUCACAAGAGUGUCAAAGGAAAAACUGGCCCACCCACAAACGAAUCUGCAACGAAAUCGAACACUCCUCAGGAGUACUCAAACUCGUUCGGAUGUUCAGUGUAAAUCCAUUGCUCAUGAUGUACCUCAAAGCCGCUAUCGUUCUCGAUUGCAACCUGCUCAACAAUCCCCGGGUCGGAUUCGAGUUGCCGUUCCUGGCACGUGUUGAUAUUGCCUUUGAACCAAGUGACAUUUUUGACUUUGUUGGAUUGUAUUUCGAUGACAAGAUCGUUCGGGAGAAACUUCAAGGGAUGUUGCAAGUCAACGCCAUGACUCCGUGGUAUACGGGUAUGCAUGGCGAGCGCCCCCUCACACCCCAGCGAAUGAACCAAUGGCGCGAGAUUCGAGAAAAGCAUAAUAGGGAGGGUUACGACAAAGAUCCUGUCGGACUCCUAGAUUUCUCUUAUUCGGGGCUCUCGAAGAACAAUAAAUCAAUAACCUACGCAGUAAGUGUUGGGUGUCACAUUAACCCUGUCAUCCUUGAGAUGGCGAUAGAACGCGAGCCCUUCGUACGCGUUUGUCCACUCGCAGGCACUCGGUUCAAGCAACCCAUGACCGCUAUGACAUGUCUUGAGUAUAUCAAUAUACAUAUUCGGGCGGAUACGCAGAACCAGUUGCGUUUACGGAGUGAGAUGACAGAGCAAGACAUAGAAGUCAUUCAUGCAGCAGGUCGCGACGAGGACGAAGUUCCCGCUCAAGUUCUCAAAGAGAAGAUGGAAAGAGAAAUCAUGUACAAUAAUAUCGUUAGACGGGCCAAAGGCGCUCACAACCCAGAGACGCACCGAGCAAGGCAAAGGAUGAGGUGAGACACAUCUGGAACCUUAGUCUACGUGCUGAACAAGCUAUGGAGACCCCGGCGUAAUCCCUGCCCUUGCUGCGGGACUUGG